AAGAACACAUUCAGCAUGUACGGCUGGUGCUGGAGAUGCUGAAGCGCAUUAACGUGCGGCUGCACCCGGACAAGACCGUCUUCGCAGCGGAUUCGGUGGAGUUCCUUGGCCACAUGGCAGAGGAGGCGCGCCAAGGCCGCUGAGGCACUCCAGGGGCGCGUCUUGAGGAGGUCAGUCAAGGAUCCGAAGACGCUCUGCCUGAGGGAGGAGAUAGGCGUGAUCAACGGGGAGGAGGUCCAGGAGGACUACGCUGGAGUGAUGGUGGAGUACGGGGGAGGAGCUUUUGAGCGCAUGAACGUCAGCGUGGCGCAGCAGCUGCUUCUGGACGAGGAGUCAGCCUGGGGCGCAGCCCGCACCCUCCGUACUGUGGCAACUACCCGUGCUGCACGGCUCCCGGAUAGCUGGGACUUAACUUCGCGUGAGGGGCUGAGUGCGGCGAUGGGGGAGCUCAUGCCGGGGGCUUACAGUGAUCGCCACCUGGGCAGGUUGGUUAACCGUGUGCCAGGGGGCAAGCAGUUUCAGUAUGAGUGUGUACCCACGGGGAUUGAGGAGGUGAGGCCUUUGCUGGAGAGCAUUCGUUUUGAUGAGUGUGCGGGCAUCUUCGACCCGUGGUGUGGAACAGGUGGGGUCGCCAGGGCGUUUCGCGAGGCGGGACACUCGGUCUUUGGCAAUGACGCCAACCCUGCUUGCGUUGCUCACAUGCACCGUGACGCGUUGCAGCCUGGCACGUACCGUGAGGCUAUGAAGGUCUAUUCCUACGAGGCCAUUGUUGCGUCUCCUUGGUUUGCGGUGCUUGAUGUUGCACUGCCGUUGGCUACCCGUUUUGCACCUGUCGUUGCGUUUCACGUGCCGGGGCACUACGUGACGGAUGCUACGGCGGCUCGGACCAAGUACCUGGCGAAGCUGCAGGAGGAAGGACGGCUUGCGUUGUUGCUGGGACUGCCAAGAGGGCCGAUGGGGAGGCGGUGUGUGUGGGUUUGCGUGUUUGCCACUCGCGAGUGGCGGGAGAGGAUGUUGAAACCGGUUGUAGGACGAAAUGAGGUCUGGUUGCUGAAGUGAAGUAGGCGCGUGUUGAAGGGGAUGCAGAGGUUGCUGUGCUACUUUGCUGUCAGUUCUGGUGCGCUGUGUUUGUGUGUUGCUUGUGGC